ACUCAGACAAUAUUGAGAAAAACCCCUCGUCCCCUGUUGAACCACAAUUAUACGAGACGAACGUAAAGGAACCCUUGAAACAUCCAGCUCCAAGGUGUGCACGUUCGAUCUGAUAAAGAAAACUAUAGUCUGAUUGGUUGAAUCUUUGUGAAAAGCGGGCGAUCUGAUGUCACAUGCUGAAAUGUAAAGAGAAUUUUCUCUUUGGGGCCUGAUGCCCGAAAACGACUCUCACAGCAAGCAUCUCUCUGCGUGACGGUUCACCUUGCAAAUUCGCAGCACAGGGCAGCGAUUAUAUGUCACAGGCAUUGCCCACAAAGUUGCGUUGCACCUUGACAGAUCAGCUUGCCCUGUAGCUGCGAGGACAUCAUAUCCUUCUAAUCCUCGUUUACCGACUUUCGGCGGUUGUUCCACUGACUGCGACUGCGCUUCAGCGACACAUAGCACAGCUAUAUCCGAUGCAUCCCGCACCCUAAACAUCUCAAAUUUGUCUACUUGUCAACCACCUGGGUAGCUUCUGGAUACUGCUCGGCGAUACAUCGAAUUUAAAGGCACCAAGUACCCCGAAACUGCAGCCUUAGUCUGUGUAUCUACCUUGCCUUACCUUAACUACCUUACUGGACCCAUCCUCCGAUCGCUUAUAAUAUCACUGGAGUGCCCCUCCUUCGAAGCUUUUUGACAAUACUUACUAGGUAGCCACGACACCGCUUUCCAACACUUGCUGUCAACCCUAAAUACGGUGCUCAACAUUAUACGUCGUUUCUCUUCGCCCGUACAUUCUUCUCUCGAGAUCGCAUUUGAUUAGCGCCAUCGUUUCCAUGGAGCCUAGCCCUGUAUCUGUGGAGGUUGCUGGCCAUGCGCCCAACUUCUCCCUCAAGGAAAAGACGGCGCUUGUGGAGGCAUUUGAAGACGUACUAUGCGGAUCGUUUGCUGGAGCUGUGGGCAAAUACAUCGAGUAUCCGUUCGAUACGGUCAAAGUGCGGUUACAGAGUCAGCCCGAUCAUCUCCCCUUAAGAUAUUCUGGUCCAUUGGAUUGCUUCCGGCAGUCUAUCAAAAGUGAUGGAGUUCUGGGGCUCUAUCGUGGCAUUACAGCUCCCCUAGUGGGUGCUGCAGCAGAAACAAGCAGUCUAUUUCUAUUCGAGAGUCUUGGUCGUGAAUUACUGUUCACGAGCAGCCUAGUUUCCCGAGAACAAGGACUCUCACUGCCAUAUCUCUGGCUGACAGGUGCAUUUUCUGGAGCUUUCACUUCGUUUGUCCUCACUCCAAUUGAGCUUGUCAAGUGUAGGAUUCAGGCUCCCAUGUCGGCUGAUGGAUCUGCCAGCCCUCCUCUCCGCCCUAUACCUGUCAUCAAGCAGGUUUUCCGCCAUGAAGGCCUUCGGGGCUUUUGGCAUGGUCAGCUUGGUACACUGAUUCGAGAGGCUGGUGGUGGUUCUGCUUGGUUUGGUGCCAAGGAGACAGUAACAAGCAUGUUCUACCAGCUCAAGACGAAGACCGCGACAUCAGCAACAGAGAAGCAGAUGAUUCUUGAUACACCCUUACCGUUCUGGCAGCAAGCGAUUGCUGGCGCAUCAGCGGGUGUGUCAUACAACUUCCUCUUCUUUCCUGCAGAUACCAUCAAAUCACGCAUGCAAACCUCGACUGUCAGCGACCUACGCCAACGACGAACAUUCUGGAAAGAGGGAGCGAUACUUUGGGAACAACAUGGGAUACGAGGCAUGUACCGUGGCUGUGGUAUUACAUGCCUCCGGUCUGCGCCAAGCUCUGCCUUCAUAUUCAUGGUUUAUGAUGGGAUGAAGCGGCACUUUCCUUUUUGAUGAUAACGGAAAAGAAAACUGGUCGAGAUGAUGUGUGUGAUAGAUCGAGUUUCAAUAUCACUUGGAAAGGAAAUUUUAUCUACGGAUAGCAGCGACUGGUCAAAGCAUCUAUGGCGUUCAAAUUUUGGUUUGACAUAAUGUCGAUUAUUGAAUUGGAGCAUCAAUAGAGGGUAUCUCUCUGGGGUCGAAAGAAGAUAGCAAGGACGAUGCUUUUGAUAUUAAGGGGAUAGAGCGAGUUUGGCUUUGAAAUAACACAAGCGCAACAACAUAUAACAGUCCUUGUUGUAGACCAAUACUCAUGACUUAUGCAGAGCUGCAUUCAUCAUAAGAUGGGCUUACUCGUCCUUUACCUCCUUGGUCUUCAAGUCCCAGUUGUUCAGAUGACCAAUGGUAGUGCAUAGGUAGGUCGCAAAGCUGAGCCAGCCGAGGUAGGGAACUUGACUCCACGCAGCAACAGAAUCAAUGGAACUGUAGAGGUAAGUAAGGUAGCCGUUGACGCCGAGCAGGGUCACGAUGUCAACCGACGCCUCGAUUGGUCGAUACAAGCCGAAGAAGAGGGGGGUCCAAAUAAGGUUGAGGCCGAGUUGAAUUGAGUAGAGCGUCAUUGCACGUCGAGUGUUCACGAUAGUCUCAGGGCUUGAGAAGGGAGAAAGACCAAUGUCAGCAACUCGGUAGGCGGCAUAACCCAUGAGACUGAGAAGGGUUAGUUAUGAACGUCAAUGACUUAGCCUGGCGAUCCUCACCCGUAGAGGACGGUCCAGACAGG